AUGCUGGUACAGGGGAUGACAUUGGACUUGAGCGUUAUGCGGCGGCGGACGCGUAUGCUAGCCGACAUUCUCGCGUGUUUAGGUAGUGGUCGGCUUUACGAGCCAACAAAAGCACUUGAAGCACCAGGAACCUUAGCUGUGCUUCGGACUGCGGCUCGAAAUGAAGAUUUUGCGCCCACCAGUGAUUUGACUGUCGAGGCCGCGGAGGCAGGUCGGGCGCCCGACGACUCGGUCGCGGCUCGACAUAUUUCAAGCAGCAGCAGAAGAGUCCGCGCCACCACCGGGUGGAGAAGAAAAGGCUUCCUGAUGCGGGCGAAUUCGAAAGCAACGUUCGCGGUGGUGGCAGGUCUCAUUGGCGCGUUUCUGGUUAGUCUGAAGCUGUGGCAAUGCGAAUUAGUGUGGACGAGAACCAUCUCCGGCAGCGUCAAAUCUGAAGCGCUUCAAAGCCGAAGACUCUCCAACGAAGACAAAUGCCAUCCCUGGAUUCAAGCAGAACGCGUGCAAUCGGUGAACGUGGAGGCUUUUGGUACCACUUCCAAUUUGCAACUGGGCGGCGGGGACGGGGACCUGCGUCAGGCGAACCGGUUAGCCUAUGUGCGGCUGAGCAGCGCCUCUGCUGCAGCUGCAGUACAGGGCCUGCGCCUGGGGCGACUGGCGCUCUUUUCGGGGCAUCUGGAUGUGGCGGCGUCGUUGGCAGUGCGCGCGGGGCCAGGCCAAAAACCGCAGAGACGCGGCGGCAAGGCGAGCGCCGCUGCAGUUGCUAAAGAGUUGCAGUCUGGCUCUUUAGAAGAAGCCAGUACGUAUCUCGAGCAAUCGCAUGUCGGCGGUCGCGCAGUGGCAGCUGCCAUCCACAGGAGAGGCGCACGGCGUGCUAAAAAUCCUGAUUCAGUGGAGGUCGCCGCCGUAGGACGACAGUGCGGUAGGACAGCUGUGGAGCACUAUCGCACGUAUACCGAAUCGAGGGCCUUCCCCUAA